AUGAGGUCUUGUCGCCGUAGCAGAAGGCGCAAUCGCUCACAUUCCUUCCUUCCCCCUCCAUGCCCCCACACCUCCCCUCCGUGCUCGCAUUCCUGCCCUCCGUGCUCACAUUCCUCCCUUCCCCCUCCGUGUUCGCAAUUCCUACCCUCCGCGCUCACAUUCCUCUCCUCCAAGCUCACAUUCCCUCCUUCCCCCUCCACGCACCCAUUCCUCCCCUCCGUGCUCACAUUCCUCCCCUCCACGCUCACAUUCCUCCCCUCCGCGCUCACAUUCCUCCCCUCCGCACUCACAUUCCUCCCCUCCGCGCUCACAUUCCUCCCUUCCGCGCUCACAUUCCUCCUCUCCCCCUCCGCGCUCGCAUUCCUCCCCUUCCCCUCCACAGUCGCAUUCCUCCCCACCACACUCACAUUCCUCCCUUCUGUGCUCACAUUCCUCCUCUACCCCUCCACACUCGCAUUCCUCCCCUCCACACUCACAUUCCUCUCCUCCGCGCUCACAUUCCCUCCUUCUCCCUCCACGCACCCAUUCCUCCCCUCCGCGCUCACAUUCUUCCCCUCUACGCUCACAUUCCUCCCCUCUGCGCUCACAUUCCUCCCCUCCGCGCUCCCAUUCCUCCCCUCUGCGCUCACAUUCCUUCCCUCCGGACUCACAUUCCUCCCCUUCGUGCUCACAUUCCUCCCUUCCGCACUCACAUUCCUCUUCUCCCCCUCCGCGCUCGCAUUCCUCCCCUCCACACUCACAUUCCUCCCCUCCGUGCUCACAUUCCUCCCCUCCGCAAUCACAUUCCUCCCCUCCGCGCUCACAUUCCUCCCCUCCACACUCACAUUCCUCCCCUCCGUGCUCACAUUCCUCCCCUCCGCAAUCACAUUCCUCCCCUCCCCCUCCUCACUCGCAUUCCUCCCCUCCAUGCUCGCAUUCCUCCCCUCCGUGCUCACAUUCCUCCUCUCCCCCUCCGCGCUCACAUUCUUCCACUCCCCCUCUGCGCUCACAUUCCUCCUCUCCCCCUCCGCACUCAAAUUCCUCCCCUCCGCGCUCACAUUCCUCCCCUCCACGCUCACAUUCCUCCCCUCCGCGCUCACCUUCCUCCCCUUACUGGUGUUCCCUCCCCUCAUCUCUCAUCUGCUCCACCAGUCUCCCCUUUGCUCUCCUCUUAUCAAACCCAUUUCUCUUAGAGGAGGAAAUUAUGACGCAAGUGCUAUUGACAUGCUCUAUGUGCUCGCAUCGGAGGCUGGAGAAGCUGUGGCGAAAAUGUUUGCUGCUGCGGAACAAGCAGGUGGGUGGGUCGUUGGUCUCCCACUUCGUGUGAGGGGGCUUAGGAAGUGUAUAGACCAGAUUGAGAUGGAUGCUAGCAAGAAAUGUGAGUGUAUAAACUAG